GAAAUUAAGAGGCACCACCACUCACACACUCUCUUCUCUCUCUCUACUCUCUAGUACGUUUUGAGUGUUUUUAAAAUAACAAUCAAUACUUUGUUGGAUUUCAUGUGAACUUAAACUUGAUGGGUGAUAGGAAACAGAUGCACACACGUCAUCACCAGUCACCACCACCACUUCUACGUCUCUCCAUCUUCUUCAAUUAUCAAUCUCAUCUUCCACACUACUAGCUCUUUUGCUGAAACAACAAGCUCUACAAUCCCUCUCCAGUCAAAUUAACAAUGGAGCAUGGAGGAAAAUGCAAUGCAAUUGCUUCCAAAACAAAAAUCUCAACCAAAACCUUAGAGGCAAAACCACAUACCAACUCUUAUCCAAAAGCCAAACCCGGUUCAGAUCCGACUUUACCUCCAUUCUUGGUCAAGAAAGAAAACCAUAAACUGAGCUCACGUGGCGACCAAGAAACCAAGUACAAGGAGUGCCAGAAGAACCACACGGUCUCAACCGGAGGACACGUGGUGGACGGAUGCUGCGAGUUCAUGCCUGGAGGAAAAGAGGGCACACUCGGUGCGUUGAAAUGCGCAGCCUGCAGUUGCCACCGGAGUUUUCACCGGAAGGAAGUCUACGAACAUAUAAAUAGUACACAAGAGCUGAUGUCUCCGGCGUUUUACCGCAGUGGCAGCUUGUACAAGGCGAUGAUACAACCACGUGGAUUGUAUCUUCCGAAGAAGAAGAGGAUAAGGACGAAGAUCAAUGAAGAACAAAAGGAAAAGAUGAAGGAAUUUGCAGAGAGACUAGGGUGGAGGAUCCUGAAGAAAGACGAAGAAGAGAUCGAUAAGUUCUGUAGGUUGGUGAAUCUGAGAAGACAGGUUUUCAAAGUGUGGAUGCAUAAUAACAAGCAAACAAUGAAGAUGAUCGAUGGCGAGGAAUAGAGAACCAGAAAGCAACACUUCUUGGCUAAGACGAACUCCAACAAGAACUUGCGUCGAUCAAAAAUGGUCUGCUUCUCUAUUAUUUACAACAUAUUUGUUCUGUUGCAACAUACUGAACUUGAGUUACAUACAGCAAUCUUAUUACCGAGUCCUCCUACUAGUGUAUGAUUACUGCUUCUUUCUUACAAGAUGUUUAGCUUUUGUGUUAUGUCAUCUAUUUGUAAUGCAGCAUGCUGUGAGACGCACCGACUAUGACAAUGUUGUAAUCAGUGUUCUGCUCUAUUUGAAAGUCAAAUGGAAUUGUGAUUUUAAAAAGAGAUGGCCCAUCCUUUUAAACACGACCAUGUCUAACUUCAAAAAAGGUUAUAAAACAAGGAGAGUAUGAUCAGUCAAGUCCAUCUGGAUUUGGAAACAAAUGCUUCCUAUAUUUCUUUGCAGAUGGUUUCUGAGAGGUUUCUUUUGAUCUUGUAAGUUCUGUAAGUUGUUGUACGUAAUCUUCUUUGUAGUCAAAUUUAUAAAGUUGCAACGUUUUUUCUUCGUUCUCAUAAUAAUAAAUUGUUGGAGGAGACAAAUAAAGUUUUACACACGACAAGUUCGUCUAAACACAAAGCCAUUUUCCAUUUCAAUUUGUCUAGACGAUGUAGACGUAUAAUAGUCAGCAUAAAACACAUAUGACCGGCGAUUAAAUAGGACAAAAUGUAUACACCAUGUAACACCAAGUCACUAACACAUGCUGUUUUAUUAAACUAUACACAUAUUUAAUUUUAUUAGUUGGAGAUCUACACAAAUAUAAAAGUCAACAGAUCUACUAUUUUUCUUUUCAAAUCAUAAAGCAAACUUGGCCUACAUACUUAAAUAAACACAACCAUCAAGAGAAAGAUUCAAGAACACACCUAACCAAAAAAGAAGAAAAACUCAAUAACUUUUUUUCCCCACCGUACAACCAUGUUUAGAGCCAUGAGCACCAGGAAAGUCCACGGCGGCUACGAAAAGCUCGUGGAAGAUGAACCGAAGUUGAAGAGGGUCACGAGCGUUCCGGCUAGUGUUUAUGGUAAUUCAAGAAACCCGGUUCAAGAGGAGGUGAAGAAGACACCGACGGUGAAACCAACCGGUGGUUCUGUUCAUCCCUUGCUAAGUUUCUUCGACGUACGUUUUCAGAAGAAGAAGAAGAAAACCAAGAAGAGUUUGGCCACGGCGAAACCAGAGUUUGCGAGGUAUAUGGCGUAUGUUAAGGAAGGAGGUGUGUGGGAUCCUAAUUCUAACGCACCCGUGAUUCAUUACAGAUAGAAUCAUGGAGGAAGAUGAAUAAAGACUUGUAUUUCUUUUAUAUAUAUUAUCUAUUUGAAAAAAGAAGAAAACAGUUCUUGAUUCUAUUCAAAAGAUGAAUCAAAACUAUGAUUUUCUCAUGUUUUAUGAAUUGAUGUAUUAAAAAGGUUAAGUGUUUAGUAUACUUUCAUUGAGUUACAAGAAUAAGAUAAGUUCAAGAUC